AUGGCAGCACAAGCAGCUCUGAUCGAAGAAACUAUUAUUGGGUUGAAAAAAGCAUUACGACGAGAAAAUGAGUCCACAGGACCCGACGCAGCUAUUACUCAGCCUACGAAUCGAGGAAAUAAAUUACAAGUGAAUGCGAAAUAUGUCCAUGAAGGUGCCUUGGGAUUCUCGAAUCCGCACGAUUUCUAUAAACAGAAAGUCGAGCAUGCUGGAUAUACUCGCUACAUACUGCACCGAAACCCGCCCCGAUAUGAUUCCGAAGGUGAAGAGAUUGAUGGCGAUGAGGAACCGGACACGGAAGGCGAGGCAGAGGCCGCAGAAGACAAUCCAUUCGCAGGGAUCGCACUCGAACAUAUCCUCUGCCCUCUAAAACAAGCUUCGGAGCUUCCGGACCAUCCUACCCUGUCACAGCCUUACCGAUCAAAAGCCCUGCCGACAAUGAUUAAAGCAAUUGACGAAAAACUUCGGAGAGAAAGGGCACUUCUAGCUCGCGCACACAAUUUACAUCGGCUGUUCUUGGGAGACUCGGUUUGGAUGUCUUGUGGUGAUGUGGAGUCAAAAGAGGACCCAUACAUUUUCAAACGGCGCCAUGCAGAGGCCGCGCAUCAACAGCAGACAGACAAUGGAUCUCAAGGAGCGAAUGGCCGUGUCGACAUUGUCAAUAAUGGUGACCGUACUCGAAUGAACACGGUAUCGAGUAAUAAAGACAAACAAAAUACGGGCGAUGAUGUUGAGAUGACAGAAGCCCCCAUGUCUGAGACAGAUAAAAAUGCGGAGACUAAGGAGUUGAAGAAAGAGGAUGGCCUGCCUUCCUUGAAAGACGUAUCACCACAUAGUGAGGGUGGAGACGCAGAUUCUAUAGCCAGAAAAAGCAUUUCGUCCGCGAACGGCAAGCUCGAUAAAAAAGACCAAGGGCGCAAUACAACUCAAUCUUCCCCACAAGCACUAGACGCCGAGCAAGGCGAUACCGUCAUGCAAGAUGCAUCAGAGUCAAAAAAUGUUGAAAACAAUGAAGACACCUCAUCUCCCGAACCCCCACGACGAAUGACUACACGCGCACAAGCAAACGCGUCAACAUCAAACGAGAACGGUGCCACCACCAGCAGCUCGCGAUACCUCUCCCCUGACGCAGCCACACAACUCUCAACUGCCCAUCCCAUGUUCCUCGUAUCCAACGACAUACGACCAGACAAAGACUUCGGCCUUCCCCCCAAUGAAGCAGAAGAUACUCGCCGCCUACUAUGGUCCUACAUCCAAAAGCAAGAAGAAACCGUCCGCGGAUUCACAUACAUGUUGAACUCCUUACUCCAAGCCGACCAUCUCAAAGAAGACGUCUUUGAAUGGUGCAAGGCAGAGGGACACAUUGGCGAAAUGAGUGAUGGCGAGGAUUGGUAUGAUAGGGAGAAAUGGGGAUUGGCAGAAGGCGAAGACCUAAAGAAGGGUGCGGACGAUGACGAGGUUGAGACUGCUGUUGUUGAAGAACGGACUACGGGGAAGAGAGGUCGUAGACGACAGUAG